AUGGGCAACAAACCCUCCUCGGAGCACCCGGGAGACGCGCCGAUCCCCACGCGCCUGGCGCCCAAGUACCCGCGCAGGAAGAGCGGCACCACCACCCGGACGUCGCAGCCGACGGCCAGCGAGCAGCGCGCCGCCCCGCCUCAGCAGGAGCAGUCUCAGUCUCAGCAGCAGCCUCAGCCGCCCCCGUCCCCGUCCAGCUCCACGGCCUCCACCCCCACGGAGGACCAGAUCAUCUCCAACUGGAAGCUCUUCAACGACCUCGAGAACCGAGAGGAGGCCGAAGUGCUGGAGCUGUCGCUGUUCCUGGACGCACUGGUGAACUACAUCCCCGGGCUGGACGAUGGCAAGCCGAGGCCGGAGCCGCACCCCGUGUCCCAGCAGGAGAUGGGCAACAUCGACAUCGCCAACAUGUACGUGCAGGGGGACGAGCUGGACGAGGUCAUCACGCGCAAGAACGUGACGGACCUGAUCGACUCGUGCCGCAACGGCCGCAAGAUCCCGCGCAACGUCGUCGUGCGCGUCAUCAACGAGGCCAUCGCGCUGUUCCGCAAGGACCCGACCAUGGUCGAGUUCAAGAUCGCGCCGGCCAACCACAUCACCAUUAUCGGAGACCUGCACGGCCAGCUGGACGACUUGCUGCUCAUUCUCCGGGAGAACGGGCUGCCGUCGGACACCAACCCGUACCUGUUCAACGGAGACUUUGUGGACCGCGGCGACCGUGGUGUGGAGAUCGCCAUCAUCAUCUACCUCUUCAAGCUGCUGUACCCGCGCCACGUCCUUCUGAACCGCGGCAACCACGAGGAGAACUCCAUCACCCAAGUGUUCGGCUUCAUGAAGGAGUGCGAGGUCAAGUACGACCGAUUCGUGUACGACCUCUUCUGCGAGAGCUUCCGCCACCUGCCCCUGGCCACGCUCAUCGAUGACCGCGUGCUGGUGGUGCACGGCGGCGUGCCUCGAGAGAACAUUCUGGUGAGGGACUUCAACACGCUGGACAGGGCUGGGUACGACCUGACGCGGUAUCGUACCAAGCCCAAGAACCGGAAAGAGCGCGAGCCGCACCGCAAGAUGCAAAUCAUCCGCGACUUGCUGUGGAGCGACCCGCGGGCCAGCAAGGGCUACGAGGAGAACAAACGUGGCGCUGGCACGGUUUACGGCCCAGACGUGGUACAGAAGUUUAUGACCAAGAACAAGCUCGCGCUGGUCGUUCGAUCGCACGAAUGCGUUCCUCGCGGAUUCGACUGGCCGUACAAGGAGAAGGGCAUGCUGGUCACGCUGUUCUCGGCGUCUAACUACUGCGGCAAGGCAAACAACCUGGGCUGCUUCAUGCGCGUUCCAUCAGGCAAGGACAAGCCCGCCUUCUUCCAGUACAUGGCCAACGCCGAGAGUCGCGACAUGGCCGUGUCCAACCUGGACGCACUCUUCUCGCUCAUUGUCCAGUACCGCUCCGACCUUCUCGAGGAGUUUGAAAACGAAGACAAAGAGAAGACCGGCAAGCUCACAGUUCAGACGUGGGGUAACGUUAUGGAGGACGUGCUGGACCUGUCGUUGGAGUGGAAGGCCCUUCAACCACUGCUGACCGCGCUGGACGAGGAAGGUUUGGUGCCGUACAACGACUUCUUGGACCGAUACAACGCGGAGGGUGCACUGAAGCGUGCUGAGAGCGGAGAGAGCAACGACCCUGAGCGCGAGAAGCAGCGCAGCGCCUUCAACUCGCUGUACAGGCACCGCUCUCGUCUCGAGGCGCUCUUCCGUGUGCUGGACCGCGACGGCAACGGCACCAUCUCCGUGGACGAGCUGGAAAACGGCAUCAAGCUGCUGAACGAGCACUUGCCUUCUGGAACGAAGCCCUUCAGUACCAACGGAGCGGACUACAUGCGCAUGAUGGACUUCAGCCACGACAACGAGAUCAACAUCAACGAGUUCAUGGAAGGCUUCCGCAUCAACGCCAAGCUCACCGUCCACGCCAAGUGGAAACGCGCCCGCAAGAAAAUCAAGGCGCUCAGUGCAAUCGGUGCGUUGCGCGCGUUCUCACUCCCCAGUCACGCCACUGCAGGUGCUUCAGGUGGGUCAGGUGGAGAAGCUGCGGUCGAGGAGGGUGACGAAUCAGCGGAAGCAGUCGACGUUGACCUCAACUCGCCAGUGUCCGAUCCCGAGCUUAUGACCGUCCCGCACGCAACUGCGCCUCCGGUGUUUACCAGGCAUGGCAGCGUGCAGAUCAUCUCUCCGAGCGCUGCAGUGACCACUCCAACGGAUGUGAGCGAGAUUGCAGUUGACCUUGAGGUAAGGGCAUAG